GGUUCGUGAGCGCUGAGAAGCUUCCCCAUCCUCCUCCCACAACACAUCACUGUGUCGGUGGCUACCGAUGCCCAAUGGAUGCUCGACGACAUUGAACGUCCAUCUCAAGACUGCCGAAGCCGUUUAUGGAUUUAAUGAUGAUGAAAAAGAAGAAAUUCAAAUUCAAAGUGGAUUUUGAGCUGGACGAGCUCUCGUCGGUUCCAUUUGUCAAUGGGGUCCUCUUCUGUAAAGUCAGACUCUUGGACGGCGGAUUCUCCGAGGAGUCUUCUCGGGAGCCAGUCCAGGCCAACUGUGUGCGGUGGAGGAAAAGGUUCUCUUUCCCCUGUAAGAUGAGUGCCAAUGCUGGGACUGGUGUACUGGACCCCUGUGUGUGUCGCGUAUCAGUCAGAAAGGAGCUGAAGGGGGGGAAAGCAUAUGCAAAGCUUGGUUUUGCAGAUCUGAAUUUAUCAGAGUUUGCUGGUUCAGGAAGUACAACCCGAAGAUGUCUCCUGGAGGGUUACGAUACCAAAAAUACUCGCCAGGAUAACUCCAUUCUUAAGGUCAUCAUCAGUACUCAGCUAAUGUCUGGAGAUCCCUGUUUUAAAACGCCACCUUCUACCGCGACAGUGAUUGGGAUCCAAAGUGAUGGAGAAAGCCUGCUGGAGGAGCGAAGGGGAGGUGACUCGCAAAAAGCCUCCUGUGAGAGUCGAGAAGUCAAGUGUCCUGUGGUGUCUGAUGAUCUUGGCGGCUGUGGACACUCGCGGACUUCCAGCUACGCCAGCCAACAGUCCAAACUCUCAGGCUACAGUACAGGCCACUCCCGCUCGUCCAGCAUGUCAGACUUUAGUCAUCGUAGGAACCAUUCUGUGGGAAGCGCCUCAACGGGCAUCGGCAGCAUCCCAGAACCAAGUGAGGAUAGAGACAGAGAGUCCAGACCAUGUCCUGCCCUACCCGAACAUCCACUUUCCACCACCAACUCAACCUACUCUGUGGGUUCACCGGUCCGAAACGCUUCAUCCUGUGAGCGACUUAACAGGCAUCCAGUGAAGCAGGACUCUAUAGAGUCUCAGCUAAAGAGAAUGGAUGAUACUCGAGUGGAUGCUGACGAUGUAGUGGAAAAAAUCCUCCAAAGCCAAGACUUCACACCCAGCCUUCUAGACUCUAGUGCAGAGGAGGAGGGCUUACGCCUGUUUGUUGGGCCUGGCGGAAGUACAGCUCUAGGAAGCCAUCAUCUUCCUGCCAGGGUCGGUGCUGGAGCAUACGAGCAAGUGGUGAUAAAGCGUUGAAGUGGAUUAUGGCCUGAGGGCGUGCACCCAACCCCCCAAGAAAAAAAAAUGGAACUAGGGUUGUGACCAUUCGUCUUCGUUCUGCUACAUAACACAUUAGUGAUCCAAAGUCUUACAAUUGGUGGCCAGUGAGUGGCAAAUGUCGCAAUAGCGCCUCUAUAUGUUCUUACCGACAACUGAACACUUUCGUAAUGUGUCGUUGUCCAGUGGUAUCACAUUCAAAUGUGUGGCAAAAAAGUUUUGUUUAUUCUCUUUUGUUAUUAAGGGCUGCCUAUGUUGAUGCCAUCCGCACAUUUGCAAAGUGAUCACCUAAUUUUCUAAUCAAACUCCUUGAAUGAAUGUGAACUAAAAAAGAAAAAAAGACUAGAUAAUAGAUUGCAUGAGGAAGAAAACGCCAUGCAAUUUCAAUACAUUCCUUUUUUGUUCUGCAGUGUUUGUUUUUUUUACUUCCCUUUAAUGUUCUACUUAAUAUUUUUGCAUUGAAGCUGCUGAGAGGCUGUUGUUGUAAACACCGGACAGAAUAAUAAUUUACUAUCACGAACAGAUGUCAGACUUGAGCUUUAAAAUGUGUGUGUGUGUGUGUGUGUUGACCACUUUUAAUUGUAUCUACAUUCAUCCUGUCAGGGCCGGCCCAGGAUGCAGUACUGAUUUGCCCUGCAUCCAGCGCUGAACUUAUUAGGCUACAAGAAGAUAAACCCUGAACCAACAUGCGGUCUGGGAACAUGUGCAGGUGUGUCCCCAGGCUGCAAAGACUCUACUUUGGUCAGUUUCAAAGUACACUGUAGAGAACAUGCUCACAUUUUUCCGGAGGAGACAGAUAACUGAGUGCGUCAGUGGCUAAAACAAGCACUUUGAUGGACUUACUUCAAAACGGCAACAAACCAGUGUCACUUUUGACUAUUUAUAGUACAGUAGUUAGCAGGCACGUUUCCAGUCAUAGUGUUCUCGCUGUGCUGCACAGUUAUUUCGUUGUUGUUGUCUGCAUUAACCCUUUAGACCUAAACAGAGGCCAAUAUACAAGUAUCAAUGAUCAUUUGGGACAUAAAUUACAUCUGAGGUACUGAUGUCACAGCCCAUGCAUUAUAUAUUGGGUUUACAGCAGUGGACUAACGAGAACACCCUGAAAUACAUGAACAAUAUUCAUUCAUUCAUUCAUCUUCCGUGCCGCUUAUCAUCACGCGGGUCGCGGGCAUGCUGGAGCCUAUCCCACAUGACUCUGAGCGAGAGGCGAGGUACACCCUGAACUGGUCGCCAGCCAAUCGCAGGGCACAUAUAAACAAACAACCAUUCGCACUCAUAUUCAAACCUACGGGCAAUUUAGAGUCCUCAAUUAAUCUAACGUACAUGUUUUGGGGAUGUGGGAGGAAACCGGAGUACCCGGAGAAAAUCCACGCAGGCACGGGGAGAACAUGCAAACUCCACACAGGCCGGAUUUGAACCCGGGUACUCAGAACUGUGAGUCAGACGUGCUAACCAGUCGGUCACCGUGCCGCCUGCAUAAACAAUAUGAUUAACAAAUUGUAGAACUAUAGGACUGUACAGUGUUGUGAUGCCUAAUAAUUGAUUGACAAGUCCUAUUUGGCAAGGCCCCGACGAUACUCAUUGAAGGAUUUUUAGAUUUCAAGAUUAAAUCAGAUAUAGUGCAUACAAAAACAAAUUUAAAAAUUAGAAGCCUGCCAGGUUUUUUUAUUGUAAACUUUGAAACCACAUAUCCUUCACUUUUACACAUCUGAUUUGGGAAAAUCAUAUACUGUAUUAAACAUUUGGUGAUGUUUCUGUAUUUACAAUUCACCAAACACUAAAAGCGUGUCAAAUAAAGGAUUUAUCUAGUCGGCAUUUUUAAAAUGAUUUACUGGUAGAUGCAUCUUAAAGCAAAGGCUCCACUCCACAAAGAAGAAGGUAUCAAUUCAAGUCAUGCACAGUAAUUAUUGAAAGCGUAAGCCUCUGCUAAAAUAAAUAAAACGCUGGACGCUUCCAUAUUAGCAAGCUAUAGACACAUCUGAAAUCACCCUUUCAUAGCCAAGAUUGUUGAAAAAGUUCUUUUAAAUCAACUCAGCAAUUUCUUGAACUUAAAUGGACUUUCUGACAAAUUUCAGAUCACAGUACAGAAUCUGCUCUUAUCAAAGAACAGAUUUUAAAGUUCUGCUACUGGUCUAUAAAUCACUAAAUGGUUUAGGUCCUGAAUACAUGAAAGAAAUGCUAAUGGCAUAUAAACCCAGAAGGGCUCCGAGAUCGACAGACUCAGGUCAAAUAGUGGAUCCAGCACAGAGUCCAAAGCAAACAUGGUGAAGCAGCAUUGAGCCAUUAUGCUACACACAAAUGGACUAAGUUGCCUACAGAAGUGACGUCAGCCCCAAGUGUGAAUGUUUUUAAGUCCAGGUUCAAAUCUCUACUUUUUUCUCCCCUCAUGCGUUGUAGAGCACUUCCACUUUUAAAUAUUUCUUGCACGGUACGCCGUUUUAAUUGUAGACAUUUUAUCCUCUUUGUUUUUAAUGUUUCUAAUGUGUUUCUCUGUUUUGAAAUGCUUUUAAUCAUGUAAAGCACAUCGAGUUACCUUGUGUAUGAAAUGCGCUAUAUAAAUACAUUUGCUUUGCCAUUAAUUAGGGCUGCGCGAACCUGAGAAUCAAAAUCAACGUCAACUAUCUAAAAUGUGCUGUUUGUUGCAGCUAAUUACUCAUACUCGAAACUUUGCUCCUGUUACCAGCGAUGUUAUCAAGUACAGUACAAAUACAAACUAGUGUGGGGAGGGGGUGGAAUAAAUAAAUAAAAAGUGGGAUUCACGUCCAUGUAAUCCAUGUAAAAAGAAAUCAAAUCCAAGUAUGGUGUUUAUACAGUAUGUACAUCUAUUGAGCAUUCAUGAUUUGCACACAUAUCCUUUCGUCAUUUAUUUGCACAAAGUUUGUUCUUUUCUAAUUUGAUUUUGUGUAACUUUUUAUUCAGAAUAUCACUGCACUGAAGGACCGGUUUAGAGGAGACCUUUGCACAAAAUCAUGUAUAUUUGAAUUAGUAUUUUUGUGUGUGUGUGUGUGUGUGUUUCGGUGUUCAGCAUGAUUUAAAUGUCAUGUUGGGAAUGCCAAGAUAUCACUGUGUUUGAUAUAUUCAUCAUUGAUAUUGUGCCAUUUUUCCUAUGUUGUAUUGUUUACAAAAUCUUGACGGUGUUGAAUCUGAUUUUAGUGCUGCCAAAUAUCUGUUGAAAGUCAGUUUAUUAUUUUUUGGGAUACUUGUUUUACCUGUGUGACACAGGUAAAUUCAUGUGGGUAACUAACAUGUUGUUACAAACAUGGUUGCUUCCUCUCUUCUGUGAAGCUGUUGUCUUUGUAAAAGUGCUACUUGUAUGUUUCUGUAAAGUGAUGUACUGCGCUGUUUAAGCACACCCUACAGUGGUUCCCAUUUACCUCCAGAUAAUUUUUGGUUGCUUAAACUGUGUUGGAUGCCGAUAACGUGUACCUGACACUGUUGAAUAAAAGUGAAUCAAGUUAGUCACA